AUGACUACUUCCCUCGAUUAUCUCAAGCAGACCGGCACCGUCGUCGUCUCCGAUUCAGGAGACUUCGAGUCCAUCGAUGUCUACAAACCCCAGGAUGCUACCACCAACCCAUCUCUCAUCCUUGCGGCCGUCAACAAGCCGCAAUAUGCUCGCUUGGUUGAUGUCGCUGUGAAGUAUGCCAAGGAGAAGUCAUCUAACAUUGAUGAGCAGGCCAACCUUGCUAUCGACCGUCUCCUCGUCGAGUUCGGCAAGGAAAUCCUCGCUCUCAUCCCUGGCCGUGUCUCCACCGAGGUCGAUGCGCGUCUUUCCUUCGAUAAGGAGGGCACCAAGGCCAAGGCCAAGGAGCUCAUCGCCCUCUACGACUCCAUCGGCAUCAAGAAGGAGCGUAUCCUCAUCAAGAUCGCUUCGACAUGGGAGGGCAUCCAAGCCGCCCGUGAACUCGAGAAGGAGGACAACAUCCACUGCAACUUGACUCUUCUUUUCGGCUUCGGUCAGGCCGUUGCUUGCGCUGAGGCUGGCGUCACGCUCAUCUCGCCAUUCGUCGGACGUAUCCUCGAUUGGUACAAGAAGAGCACUGGCAAGGACUACCAGGGCGAUGAGGACCCCGGUGUCCAAUCCGUGAAGAAGAUCUUCAACUACUACAAGCAGCACCAAUACAAGACCAUCGUCAUGGGUGCUUCUUUCCGUAACGUCGGCGAGAUCAAGGCCCUCGCUGGCGUUGACUUCCUCACCAUCGCCCCACCCCUCCUCGAAGAGCUCAAGAAGUCGACAGAGCAGGUCCCCAAGAAGCUCAACGCGCAGACCGCCGCUCAGGGCGAGCCUCUGGAGAAGGUCUCCUACAUCGACAACGAGCCCGAGUUCCGCUGGGCACUCCUCCAGGACUCGAUGGCCUUCGACAAGCUCCACGAAGGUAUCAAGAAGUUCGCCGAGGAUGGUGUCACGCUCAAGAACGUUCUCAAGGAGAAGCUCUCCAAGGCUUAA